GCCCGACGAAGCGGGCUACAUGUGUCAGGAAACCGCGGUGUCUAAAAACUGGUCUUCACUGUUGGAGGGAGCGCCGCCAACAGCUCUCCAUAUGCCAUCACACACGGGAUACAGAUGAAGGAAUUAGGGAGGAAAUUAACAGUUUGCCAUCUUUUCUUUAGCGAUUUAAAGUUAGCAAUAGCGGCCUAUAUUUAAGCUAACGGCUGAAAAAUGCACGACUGUACUUGGGUUGUGUUAGGAGGAUGUUGCAAUAGGGACACACUGUGGUCUUUGGCUUCAUUGUGGAUUUUUAUACAAAAUUCAUUUUAUAAUGUUUGCUGUUUUUUAUUUUUAUUUUUUUAUUAUUAUUAUUUUUUCACAAGUGGGGUACAUUUUGACAAAGUUGUGUGGAUUGUCCCACUACAGGUGUCACCUGAAUCCUCUCCUCCUCACAGGUGCCCUUUCGUCCUGACUCUGCGGAUGCUCAGACCGUCUCGAUCCAUCUGUAAAGUUUCGUCACGAUGGCUGAUCCAGAGCAGGCGGAGGCGGAGGAAACCUACGUGGAGCACCAGUACAUGUGCAGUGAGUGCCAGGAGCUGUUCGACACCCUGGAGGAUGUGCUGAUCCACCAGCAGAUCCACACCGGCCAGGAGGUGGAGAGCGAGGCGGUGGAGGGCAUCUCAAUCGCUCAGAUGGGGCAGAACCAGCAGUUCCAGUGUCUGGAGUGCGGCAGCCUUCUGGUGAAUUCAGAGGAGCUCCUGCAGCACCAGGAGAUGCACAUGCAAGAGGCUGGCCUGGAGGUGGCGCAACAAGUGUGUGAGGUUCUGGAGACAGAACAUGCCAACGCAGAGGGUCAUUUGACUGGACCUGUUCAGUACCAGUGCCUGGACUGCCUGGCUCUGUUUGACUCACCUGAAACCUGGCUGGAGCACCGGCGGAGCCACAGCAGAAGCACCACUCACAGUAGCACAGAGGCCACAGAGUACGUGUUACAGCCGGACGGUUCCGUCACUCCUCUGAACAACGUUCAGAACUAUGUACUGAGUGAGCAGCAAGCAGGGGAGAUCUUGGCACAGGUUCUCGCCCAGCAGCAACAGCAGAAGAAUUACCAGUCUGUUUCUAAACCAACUACACCCAGCCGCUCCUUCCUCCUGCCCCCGGUGACUCCCGCUCCGGGCUCCGCCACUAUGCACCUGCAGAUCCUCACCGCUCAGGCCCUGGCGGACAGCUCCACCAGUCGGGGUCAGCGCCGCUCCAAGCUGCCGCCUCUGCUGCCCGCCGUGAGUCGGAGCUCUUCAGCCAAGCUGCUGGAGAACGGCGUACAGAGGCUGGAGAUGAGGCUGGCGCGGGGCGACGAUCAGCAGGACCAGCCCACGGAGGUGGUGGUCAUCCACCCCUACGAAUGCUCGGAGUGCUCCCUUCUGUUCCAGACGCCCGAGGACUUCCUCCUGCACCAGGGAGAGCACUUCCUCGGCCAGGACAAGGAGAGUGGGGAGUCGGGGGUCAUGGGUGGCGUGGAGGACGUUCGGGGGCGGGAAGAGACUUUCGAUAAGAUGGAAGAAAUGAGGAGCAGGAAGAAAGGAGGGGGCUGGACAAAAUCCUUACAAUGCGAGCUCUGCAGCCGCAUCUUUACCUCGGUCAACCGCCUGGCUGCGCACAAGCGUGUGCACGAGCAGGGCACGCACGAGUGUCCAGAGUGCGGCAAAGUGUUUAAGAAGGCCACGUCACUGCAGACGCACAUGCGCACACACUCGGGGGUGGCGCGGUAUCUGUGUGUGGACUGUGGCACCGGGUUUACCACGGAAAUGACUCUCAUCAUGCACAGGAAGUCGCAUGUGGCAGACCCCCUUCACAAAUGUCAGUUCUGCAACAAAACCUUCACCAACAUGACCAAAUACCUCUACCACCGCCGGACUCACCGGAACCAUGAACCAUCCGACACCCCCAGCUCUGUGGUUCCAUGUCCUUCAAGAGCAUCUCCCACUACUUUAGCCAUUCUGCAGAGAAUAAGAGAGAAGAACUCUGAAGGUGAAGAUGCCAAAGUCGACCUGCUCGCUCCUCUAACUGAAGAAGAGAUAGAAAAGAUGGAAAAUUCAGGGAAAAGUUCUCCCAGUAACGAUCCAGUUGAAGCAGGAAUAGAGGAGGAGCAAAGAAGCAACACCGAGGCGUCUAAAGCAACUGAAGGAAACGUGGAGGCGGAGCGCUCCGCUGUGUCAGACUGCAGAGUUGCGGGAGUCCCGUCGAGUCUUGCCACCUCGGCAGAAGCUUCUUCAUCGUCAGACAAAGGAGCCUUUUCUUGUCGUUUGUGCCCAAAAACCUUCCCGUCCCAGCUGCAGCUCACGCACCACCGCCGCAAGGCCCACGCCACCGAGCGCAGCUUUGUGUGCGGCAUCUGCGGACAGGCCUUUAAGAAGCAGAUCAACGUGCGCAACCACAUCCGCACGCACACAGGCGAGAAGCCCUUCCAGUGCUCUGACUGCGGCAAAACCUUUUCUCUGCUGGCCAACCUCAUGAGGCACACGCUCAUCCAUUCCGGCGUGCGCCCGUACCGCUGUGAUGUCUGCCACCGCUCCUUUUCCGUGGCCUCCAACCUCCGUCAGCACAGCCUGCUGCACUCCAAUGCCGCCGCCCUUACCUGCCCGGACUGCCCCGCCACUUUUCGCACCUCCGUGAAACUGGCCGCCCACCGGUUCACCAAACACCCGGGGGCUCCCGCCCCCUUUCCCUGCCCCCACUGCGACGCUGGUUUCUUGAGCAGGAAGCAGCGAGACACCCACUGUCUGGAGCAGCACCUCGCUCUGGUGCAGGCCGGGGCACAAAGCCCGCCGCAGCCCUCCACCUCAGCAGCAGCAGGGAUCAAAUUAGACGUUUCAAGUAGUUUGGUAAAAGGAGGUUUGGAUUGUAAUAUUUGUGGAAAAAAGCUAAAUUCUUCUGCCAACUUGAGGCUUCACAGACUGAGCCACUUCACCCCGGGCCUCGGGAGGCCUCGCUGCAUCCCCGGCAAGCGGCCCAAAGCUCACCAGUGUCCCAUCUGUGGCAAACUCUUCGUGUCGUCCUCUGGUGUUGCGCUCCACCAGCGUGUCCACACGGGCGAGCGGCCGUUCCCGUGUCAGGUGUGUGGGAAACGCUUCCGCCAGAACACGCACUUGCGAGAGCACCUGCGCACGCACUCGGGCGAACGACCGUUCCGCUGCGAGGUGUGCGGCAAAGCCUUCAUCCAGAGCAUGCACUUGGCCGAGCAUCGCAGGACGCACACGGGGGAGCGGCCGCACGUGUGCCCGCUCUGCGGGAAGGCCUUCAAGACGUUCUCCAACCUGCGCAACCACAAGAUGACCCACGAGAGGCAGCAGAGGCUGGACGAGGAGGCCGCCGCCCAGGCCGCCAUGGAGACCAGCUCCACCGUUGCCGUGGUCGACGUUUCCGCCUUGGACCUAGCCGGCAACCAACCUCAGCUCAUCCAGAUCCAAACCUCCGAUCUACAGCCGGUGCAGGGCACCCCAACCAUCAUGUGUGAUGAGUUUGGGGAGACCAUCGCCAUCAUCGAGACCACGGAGGGAGGAGCGCUGCCUCUGGAGCAGGCGCUGGAGAUCUACCACACAGCUCUGGAGAACGGCCUGGCCGUGGAGACGGGGGCUGUGGAAGGUCUGCAGCUGCUCUGAGGGAAGGUUAAGGCCAUCACAGAACCGAACACAUCCAUACGAGUCUUAAUACUGGCAGAAACAGGAAAAUGGAAUAUCUUCAAGUACUGGGACCCCGACGGUAGAUAUUCAAGCACCAGACCAGUGUUGUCCGGUUCUAUCUCGUGUGGAAUACAGGAAAAAGAUGCAUUCUAGACGGGGUAAAUAAGGACCAUGGGUAGUGCCUCAGACCAUAUUUGUAUUCGUUUUUUGUAAUUAUUUUUAUGGAUGUGAUUAUUUUCAGUUUUGUAAUAUUGGUGUAAAUUGAUCAAAUAAAUUGUUUUUUCCCCACAAAUAUGAUCAACGGUUUGCAGCCACAUGAAAAAAAAAGAGUCAACCUUUUGCAUAAACUCUUAUCUUAUGGACAAAGUUUAUGUUUGAGUAACAUUUUUACCACCGUGUGGAAUCAGUUCUGAGGGGAAAACUCUUGAUAUUUUGGCUUUUAUAAUCAACUAACAAUUUAGAUUCUUUUCUUGGAACAUAUUAAAAAUGUCAAACUGGGACAUUAAUAGGCAAAUAUAUUUUCUCUCCAUGUUUCUGCUUAAAAGAUGUAUGUUUAACGACAGGUGAGUCAACUUGACUCUACAGUAUUUAUUUACAACACAAACGGCGUCCUGAACGGCUCUCUGCUUCGUCCUCCUAGCAUUGACCAGUUUUCUCUCUGAGAAGGUCAAAUGAAAUGCUCGUGUUGAGGCUAUUGAAACAACCCGGAGAGAUAAAAAAAGUGACAUUUUAAAUAAUCCUUAGAAACUGCACCACAGGUUUUUGUUCAGAUGACUAAAGGAAGACUAAAAUGGAGGAAGUGUCCGGGCGUGAAGCAGCAUCUCACCUGCCUCCAAAACGGUUAGAAAAAAAAAAA